GGAACCCUCACAUUACGUAACGCAACACGCACAGCACGGCGCACAAACAAUGUGAUUUAUUUAUCUCUUCUUUUUCUACUGUUUUUGAUUAUACAAAUUUUAGGAUUAGCAUCGUGAUAUUAUUUUAGGUGUCGCGCGACUUUUUUUUGCUCACGUUUUAGAUGUGUAGUGUAGAAGAUAAUGUCGGCAACUUUCCACAGCUACAGUGAUAUUUUAGUGAAACGUUUUUAACUAAAUUUGUAUUGCGCAUUGAAUUUGAAUAACAUCAUGGACACAGUGACAAGGUGAAGAAGAGAACUCAGUGAAACGAACAUUUAGAUUUAUUUAUCAAACAUCGGCUACUCGCUGUGUAAUAAUCGAUCGAUCGGUUUAGUAAUUUUAACUCUACAAUCAUUCUUAAGCCCGGGUUAAGAUUAUAAUGUUACUUUUGGCAAGAUGAAAUUAGAAAACACCGAAAAUCAUAAAACAAUAUGAAAAUUUGAUAAAAAUUUUCAAAUCUAUUUAAGAAAUCUUGCAACGCUACGAGUUUUACACGCUACGAAAAUGACGAUGGAACGGGAUCGCGGGGAGCGCGACUACAUCGGGUUCGCGACUCUACCGGAGCAAGUUCACAGAAAGUCCGUGAAAAGGGGGUUCGACUUCACUUUGAUGGUGGUGGGCGAGUGCGGGCUCGGCAAGUCCACGCUCAUCAACAGCCUCUUCCUGGGGGACCUUUACAAAAACCGCAAAAUACCUGAUGCACAAGAUAGAAUAGAAAAAACAACCACAAUAGAAAAGAAAACAAUGGAAAUCGAGGAACGCGGAGUGAAAUUAAGGCUAACUAUAGUGGAUACGCCCGGCUUCGGCGACGCCAUCAACUGCGAGGACUCGUGGCGGGUGUGCUCGGCGUACAUCGACGAGCAGUUCCGCCAGUACUUCACGGAUGAAAGCGGCCUGAACCGACGGCACAUGCAGGACAACCGUGUGCAUUGCUGUCUCUACUUUGUGCCCCCAUGGGCUCACAGCCUACGUCAAGUUGACCUCGAGAUGAUGAGGCGACUCCACCGGAAGGUCAACAUUGUUGUGGUCAUUGCGAAAGCGGACUCCCUCACCGCUGCAGAGGUCAAGCGGCUCAAGACUAGAAUACUGAAUGACCUAGAAGAACAUCAAAUACAGGUUUACCAAUUCCCAGAAUGCGACAGUGACGAAGACGAAGAGUUCAAACAACAGGAUCGGGAGUUGAAGGCGGCGGCUCCGUUUGCGGUGGUCGCUGCCGACACAGUGUUGGAAGUGGGCGGCAAGCGAGUGCGUGGCCGGCAGUACCCCUGGGGUAUAGUUGACGUGGAAAACCCCAGACAUUCAGACUUCACGAAGCUGCGCACGAUGCUGAUUUCCACCCACAUGCAGGACCUGAAGGACGUCACGCAAGACGUGCACUACGAGAACUUCCGCGCGCAGUGCAUCUCACAGAUAUCACAGCACGCCAUGCGAGAGCGAGGCAAAUUGAAGAGAGACUCAAUGGGCAACAAUAACGAGGUGGUCAUUACAGACACUGAUCGCCUACUUCUGCAGAAAGAUGAAGAGAUUCGACGCAUGCAGGACAUGUUGACUCAAAUGCAAGAGAAACUCAAAGCUUCCGAUAAAAAACACGACAGUAUUAUAGAUGUAUAGAAUAUUGACUGCAUUGUAUAGCGUAGCGUUACACAAAUUACAAUUACUCACUUUAGUAUAAUGAACAAAACAUAAAAACCUCUUUGGAAAAAUUUGAUGAAUUUAGAUUUUUGAUACUUUACGUUAUAUUUAUUUGUUACAGAAUAUUAUACAUAACUAGUGAUAAAUAUAUUAUGAUGUUAGUAUGUCUCCUCGCCCUUUAGAAUAAAGUUUUUUUUAUUAAACCAGACAAUAUAAAAUGAAGUUUGCAAAGCCUUUACACAGAAUAUGUAUUUAUUUUUUUCACUUUGAGCCACAAAAAAAAUCAUACCAGAUGAAAAGAAAUAAAAAUAAGUUAUUACCAAGAUACGCACUGAAAUCAAAAUCGUUCUUAGAAGCAUUUGAUAAAAGAGUAGGUUUGCUUGCACGGUGUGUAAACGUUAAGUUACGUGUCACGAAGACAAAUUUUUAAAGUGUGAAAGCUUUCGUCCUUUGAAAAAAGGCUUUUAUCCAGCAGUGGAAUAGGCCUUUCUCGGUUAUUUCCAACCACUGCCAAGUGCCGUGCACAUUCGUAUCUCGUUGCUGCGUUAGCUAUCAGUUUUCACCAUAAUCUGCGGUUUUCUAAGACGAAAAAUCACUUUUCGUUUACACACUGUACAGUUUAUUAACGUUGAAUGAAAAAGUAGGUAAAAUUUUCUAUUAUAGGUAACGUUAUGGCCAUUGGAGUCAAAUUACUUAUAGUAUUUGAUUUGAAAUUGCAUCACUGAUUUUCUUUAUUUUGUGUGUAAAGUAGCAGAACAAAAACUUGCAGGUGAAAACAACACAGUCAUGAAAUACUUAGUAGUUGUAGCCAUUAAAAAUGAUGCAGUUUCAAAUCACCCAUUUCUACUUUAAACAAAAUCUUUCUAAC